GCUACAUCUGCCAAUGGCGACACGCCGAGUCCACAUUCCGUCGGAUUGGGUCUCCAGGGUUCGAGACCGAUCCUGCUUGAUCCCGUCAUGAACACCUGUUCGCUUCCACCGACGACCCUUACUUCCGCCUGAUUCUUGAAGGAAUGAAAUCUUCUCUCUGUAAUCGCCGCUCGGCCCACCGUAUAAAAUGGACGCGUUCCCCAUCGGAGUUUUUUUUCCUCCCAUUGGACCUCAUCUUCUUCGUCCGCCAUUCCUUGGCCACUAAGCUUUCCUUUGAACAUAUAACUCCUUCUUAAUCACUCGACAACCAUCAUGUUCUCUCGCGUCACCGCUGUUUUUGUUCUUGCCCUCCCACUCCUGGCUGCUGCCGCGCCCAAGAGUCAAUGCGACGCCGGCGCCACCCUCCAGUGCUGCAACUCCGUCAAGCAGACCAGCGACAACGGCAAUACCCUGACCGAGGCACUCGCCGCCGUCGACAUCUCUAACGUCGGCGGUCAGAUCGGCGUGCAUUGCACUCCUAUCUCCGUCGCUGGCUCCGGCAACGGCGUCUGCAACACCAAACCCGUUUGCUGCACCGACAACUACUUCAAGGGCCUCAUCAACGUCGGCUGUUCCCCCGUCACCGUCAACGCUUAAAGUGUAUACCCUUCACCCACUUUUCGAGGACGGUGGUCUCACAGCGGUCAGAAUCGACUCUGUCAUAGCAUUGUCAUCCAUAC